AUGCUUCGUGCUGCUUUUCACUCGCGUGUCGUCUUCAUUCGUCCACAGACAACACGUGCCUAUGCAAAGAAAGCGCCUUCAUCGCAAUCAGUAUUGCGUCCAAUACAUUUUGAACACGAUGAAGAUGACACUAUUGACCGACCAUUUCGUAUUGUGGGAGUACGUGAUGUAGAAGUGUUGGAUUGGGAGUAUCCAACACGUGCGGAAUCGGAUCAAAAGAAUAAAAAUCGUGUACUACGGAAUCGUUUUGAACAUCCAAACUUUAUCAGUCUUUGGGUCGACAAAUUGAGUGAAGUGGAGGGAUAUCUCAAGCAGGAAAAAGUACCGUAUUCAAGUGAAGGGAUUGUCAAAGGUCCAGAAGGUCAUGAUGUACUGGUGAUUCCUCCUAGUGACGACAAGAGCAUGGAGUUUUUUAACUUGUGUGACAAUCCGACAAUGGUUGAGCUCGUACAAGCUACUCCUGAGAUUAUCAAGGAGUUUAAAGAAGACAAUGAAGUGGACAAUGAAUAG